CUCGGAUUUCAUUUCUUCGAAUUCACAGCGAAGCGAAGGUUUAGCUUCCAUUUCUUGUCUGGUUUCAGCCACUUUUCCGCUUUUCAAGGGUCUUCUGCCUAUUGUGAAAAUAGCGACCAGGGUCGCAGAUCACAGGCCUAUUUGGAUCUGGUGGUUAAGAACUUAUAGGAGAUGUGAUUAUUGAUUGCUAACUUUAAGAAUUAGGGGUCAGUUUAUUCUCAAUAUUUUUAGUCGAGUACUGAACGCCUCCUUUGUUGUUCGAUCAUGUGUUUUUUAGAUUCGUGGAUGUCUAUGAGUAACAUGCUGGGCUCAGACUCAGCUGUGAUCAAUCUUCCUUGAAGUGAGUUUUGGGGGUUUUUUUAACCUAUGGAUUUUGUUUAGAUAUCAUAUUUGGUUGGUGGGUCAGUAAUAUUUUGUUGUAGUAAUUAGUGAAGACUGGCUCUAGAGAGCUACUUGGACGCUGGCCACCAAGGACUGGUGCCCCCAAUGGCAUCUUCUCGAGUGGCUGGAGGAUUAGCGCAGUCUUCCUCAAGUUCUGGGAUUUUUUUCCAAGGAGAUGGGCAGUCCAAGGGUACUAUUAAAUCUCACUUGGGCUCAUCUUAUGGAAAUUCAUCAAAUUCAAUUCCAGGAGCUGGACAUUCAAAUUUUGGUCCUGUUUCUGGGGACACAAAUAAUGGAGCGUUGAAUAGUGUGGCUAACUCAGGACCAAGUGCUGGGGCAAGUUCUUUGGUUACAGAUGCAAACUCUGCACUUUCAGGUGGGCCUCACUUGCAGAGAAGUCCAAGCAUGAAUGCAGAAUCAUACAUGCGAUUACCUACAUCGCCCAUGUCUUUUUCAUCAAAUAACAUGGGUAUCUCAGGUGCAUCACUCAUUGAUGCAUCUUCUGUAGUGCAGCACAAUCCUCAGCAGGAUCAUAAUGCCACUCAAUUGCCACAGACCCAGCCACAGGCCCGACAAGUUUCUCCAGGGGAUGCAUCACUGUCUAAUUCACAAACAGCCCAAGCUUCACUCCCCAUGGCUGCACGUGUCUCUGGAUCGCUGAUGACAGAUCCCAACAGUUAUUCUCAGUUACAGAAGAAACCACGCUUGGAUAUUAAGCAGGAUGAUUUCCUGCAACAGCAGAUGCUACAACAGCUACUUCAAAGACAAGAUUCCAUGCAACUGCAAGGUCGUAAUACACCUCAGUUACAAGCAGCAUUAUUUCAGCAGCAACAGAGAUUACGGCAGCAGCAACAAAUGUUUCAGUCUUUGCCUCCUUUGCAGAGAGCUCAUCUGCAGCAGCAGCAGCAGAUACAGUUGAGGCAGCAACUUCAACAGCAAGCAAUACAACCUGUGAAUGCUAUGAAGCGGCCUCAUGAUGGUGGUGUAUGUGCUCGGCGGCUAAUGCAGUACCUAUACCAUCAACGUCAAAGGCCUGCUGAUAAUAGUAUUGCCUAUUGGAGGAAGUUCGUGACAGAAUAUUAUUCCCCUCGUGCAAAGAAAAGAUGGUGUUUGUCAUUAUAUAACAAUGUUGGUCAUCAUGCACUUGGUGUUUUCCCUCAAGCAGCCAUGGAUGCAUGGCAGUGUGACAUUUGUGGUUCUAAAUCUGGACGGGGAUUUGAGGCUUCCUUUGAAGUGCUUCCUAGACUAAAUGAGAUCAAAUUUGGCAGUGGAGUAAUUGAUGAGUUAUUGUUCUUGGAUAUGCCUCGGGAAAUCAGAUAUUCAUCUGGAAUAAUGAUGUUAGAAUAUGGAAAAGCGGUUCAAGAGAGUGUAUAUGAGCAACUUCGUGUAGUUCGUGAGGGCCAGCUUCGUAUCAUAUUUACACAUGAAUUGAAGAUAUUGGCAUGGGAAUUUUGUGCAAGACGCCAUGAAGAACUUCUUCCUCGUAGGCUGGUUGCACCUCAGGUGAAUCAGCUGGUUCAGGUGGCACAGAAAUGCCAGAGCACUAUUGCUGAAGGAGGAUCCGAUGGGGCUUCUCAGCAGGAUUUACAAGCAAAUAGUAAUAUGGUUUUGACUGCUGGGCAGCAGCUUGCAAAGAGCCUGGAGUUGCAGUCACUGAAUGAUUUGGGGUUCUCUAAAAGAUACGUUAGAUGCCUGCAGAUAUCAGAGGUUGUCAAUAGCAUGAAAGAUUUGAUUGAUUUCUGUAAGGAGCAGAAAACAGGACCAGUUGAGGGUUUGAAAAGUUAUCCUCAGCACGCUACAGCCAAGCUGCAGAUGCAAAAAAUGCAAGAGAUUGAGCAGGUUGCUACUGCUCAGGGUCUGCCAACCGACCGUAACACCCUUAGUAGAAUGGUCGCCCUGCAUCCUGGACUGGACAACCAAAUGAAUAGCCAAAAUCAACUAAUCGGUAGAGGAGCUUUGAGUGGUUCGGCACAAGCUGCGUUGGCAUUGUCUAGCUACCAGAAUCUGCUAAUGAGACAGAGCUCAAUGAAUUCAACAAGUUCAAACCCACUCCAGCAGGAGACAACGUCAUUCAAUAACUCAAACCACCAGAGUCCUUCAUCAAGCUUUCAUGGGACAACUGCAUUAUCAUCGGCACCAAUGCAGAGCUUGCCUGGCAGUGGUCUUUCAAGUCCUAAUCUACCACCUCCGCAACAAUCUCAGCAAUCUCAAGUUCAACAGCAACUGCAUCAACGCCCGAACACCAACAAUUUACUUGUGCAAAACCAUCCUCAGACUACCCAAGGGAACAGUAACAAUAAUCAGGCCAUGCAACAUCAGAUGAUCCAGCAACUACUCCAAAUAUCUAAUAACAGUGGGGGAGGGCAACAGCGACCACUUCCUGGAUCAAACAUGAAAGGAGGAAGCAUGACCGGAACUUAUACGGGUUUUGGAGGCAGCUCUUCUGUGGUGGCAGCAGGCUCAGCCAAUGCAUCCGGUAGUAAUACGCCUGCCCCAACCCGUAGUAGUAGUUUCAAAAAUGCUUCAGCUGGUGAUGUAUCAGCAGCAGCCGGUUCUCGUAGCAGUGAGUUCAACCAAAGAACUGCAGAUUUGCCGCAAAAUCUUCAUCUGGAUGAGGAUAUAAUCCAGGAUAUAGCCCAUGAUUUUACAGAAAAUGGGUUUUUUAACAGUGAUCUUGACGAUAAUAUGUGCUUCGCCUGGAAAGGUUAACUUACUUAAUCAGGCCUAACAAUUGGCUCCCACCCUUGGGUUAAGUGGAGAACUUAUAUUUUGUACAGUAUAUUUGGGAUAUAUAUUUUCUUCUGAUCUCUCUUUUUCCCCCCCUUUUUCAUUUUUUUUGGGUUUUCUUCACAAGUGAAUGUUGUAUUUGCCCUGAGAACGUGCUUCUUAGCAACUCAUUAGGUAUUUAGAGAUUUUCCUGUAUGGUAUUUUACAUCCGUUUGCAAGUGUUUCAAAGUGUAAUUUCUGAGUGAAGACUUACAAAACAAAGAGCAACUUUAGUUUGUCA